AUGACUACACAAAUGAGCCGGCAGCCAAGAGAACCUUGCAGCUUGUGUUGCGGUAUUAUCAGCUAUAUCACUAACGGACUGGCCGAAGAAUCGGCCGAAAUAGUCAUCAACCAGCCUCCAUGGCAUACAACAACUCAAGAAAUCCGAGAAUCUAGUCGGGAUUGCAUUCUCUGUGAGACCAUUUGGCAGGCGGUCUUCUUACCGCGGCUAAAAGAAGUCACGCAUGACUAUCCGGGCGCCGCAGCUCUGCUUGUGUCACUCAAGUUUGGCAGCCACCGCAAAGCCAAUGGGGUGCAUUGGGCCAAUGUUUACACGAACCUGACAGCUGGCAGAGAGAAAUUCCGUAUUGUGCGGGUUGACUCGAUUGGGAUCUCGCUUCAGCCACAAGACGUGGCAAAAGACAAGCUGCGUCUUGUGCAUUUGGGGGAUGAGCCGCCCACAGAAUUACGAUAUGCGACGUUGAGCCACUGCUGGGGAGGCAAGUUGCCUAUAUUCACGUCGCGAGCAACACGGAAAGACUUUGAGAAGUCCAUCCCCGAGGACUCCCUCCCACAAACCUUUCGUGACGCAGUUCAAAUAGCUCGCUCCUUGGACAUCCCGUAUCUUUGGAUUGAUGCUUUAUGUAUUGUGCAAGACGAUAUCGAUGAGUGGCAACGUGAGGCAGCCAAGAUGCAACACAUCUAUUCUGGAAGUUUCCUGACUAUCGCUGCGUGCGAAUCCAAGGACAGCACUGAAGGAUGCUUCACGAACAAUUCCAGUCUUUCCAGACCUCCUAUUGACUGUCUGCUGCAGUCCCCAAGAGAAGAGCACGGUAUACACCAUAGCCGCAAUGCCGAUUCGAGUUACCGAUCCCCCGAGGAAGCAUAUGUGAUCUCGCUGGGUAUCCCUGGAUGGUCAUCGAAAGUCAUGGUCCGAGUUCAGCCAGGAACUCCCUGGUCCACCCAACGCACCCAACAUCUUAGCACCCGUGGUUGGGUCCUACAAGAACAACUUUUAUCGAACAGAAUCGUUCAUUGCAUGCGGUCGGAUGUCCAUUGGCAGUGCCGCCACAUAUAUAAAACUCAAGCUGGGCAGAUAAUCGACAACGAAACGCUACUUGAAGAUGGAGACAGCUUUUUUUACUCACCAUCAAAGAGACAAGAUCGGACGUGGUGCAACUGGAUGGAAGACUAUUCGACAAGGAACUUCAGCAUCACAGGUGAUCGAAUCCCAGCUUUAACAGGCAUCAUGGAUCACUACGGAACUAUAACGGGAGACUCACAUCUGCUAGGAUUAUGGAAAAAGACUUUUACUCGAGAUCUCCUAUGGAUUCGUGUCGGAGACAUCAAGGGUGAUCCCUGCGCGAACACCCCCUCCUGGACUUGGCUGUCUUGCUACGCUCCCAUCGAGAUCGAUCCCUUCACCCUAACUGAUUUCGAUGAGAACCCAAAGGAGGAUCACAUUGUCCUACUGGAAAGUGAAGUGAUCUGGUCAGGCCCGCCAAUGACAUCAAAAAUUCAAUCUACGCGUUUAGUCAUCAGCGGUCCUCUACAAAUGCUUCGAUUUAGGGUGGACCCGAAAAGCAAAGCAAAGUUCAACCCGCCAUAUCUUCAUCUUGAGGGGGAAGAUCUAGACGAAUCCGACCCCACUCCGUGGACGUGCAUCGGGCAGUUUGAUGCCGGCGAACCCUUUCCUGGGAAGUACGUGGAGUAUCUCUGUCUGCUCGUACGAACACGAAAGCACAGUGACCAAGGGAGGUUCAAGGAGGCGUUCCUUAUAUUGGAUCCCGUAGGAGACCCCUCAUGUCAGGAUAAUGAAGAUCAACCGCCAACCUUCCGCAGGAUUGGAAUAGGGUGCAGGAGGGGUGCCGCCAGGACGUUCAUAUCCGCCAAGAGAGGGUUGAUUAGACUUUGUUAA